UUUGUUAAUCCCGUAGGUACGCCGAAGAAGCGCACCAUCAGUAUGGGAAGGAACCCACUACCCUGAAAACUGGGCACUUUACCCAAGUCGUAUGGAGGGACAGCACCGAGCUAGGCGUCGGGAUGGCAAGGAAUCGAAACGGCGAGGUUUACGUCGUUUGCAACUACAAUCCAGCGGGAAACUUUUUGGGCAGCUUCACAGAAAACGUUUUACCGCCUGGCGGCAUGAGUCCCACGAAGAAGGUUAGACCGGAUCCCAGAGCGCUUUACGCGAACGAGCAAGCGUGGCAGCAGGAGGCUCUGCUCAUUCAUAACGAAUACAGGAGGAAGCAUCGGGUUCCGGAUUUGAGACUCAGCGCCGAAUUAACGGCCGCUGCUAAAGCGUGGGCGAACACGUUGCUAAGCACGAACAAGCUGAUCCCGCAAUCGUCGUCCCCGUACGGUGAGAACAUUUACUCGAUGCAGUGUUCCGAUCCCAAGUUGAUCGUGCCCGCCCGGGAAGUCGUCUCCAAGUGGUAUUCCGAGAAGAAGGAUCACAAGUAUGGCACGGAGCCAAAGAUUUUAAACACAUGCCAUUUCACGCAAAUCGUUUGGAAAAACACCACGGAGUUGGGUAUCGCGAUGGCUAAGAGGGACGGGACGUGCGUGGUGGUGGCUUGUUAUCACCCUAGGGGCAACAUCGUCGGCCAAUUCACGGAGAACGUAUUGAAACCGGCGAAGAUCCAUUAGUCGGUUCACCAACCGGAGCCAACUGCAACUGUCGAUACUGUAUUUAAGCUGUAUUUAUAAUAUCGUGCAUAGGCGACAAUACGCAUAAAUACACGUGUACAUACGCGACACUACGAACGUGUGUAUAUGCGCAGGUAGGGUAAAAGAAAGAAGAAUGAGUAACGGACAUUCCACGUACCGUGCGUAAGAACGAAACAAAUUAUGACAAUGAUUAUUAUUAAUAUUAUUAUUAUUAUUAUUACACGACGUGUAUGUAUGCGAUUAAUCUUUGAAGACCGACUUCCUGUUUCAAAUAAUCGUCACCGCUGCUCUCAUUUUAUUUAAUUAUAUGUAGAGAUUUUUUUUUAUUUAUUAUACACCAAGUCUUAUCGGCGAAUAUAAAUUAGCGUAGAUUACUUCCUGUUUUCAACAGAUAAACGUCACUGCUGUUUUCCUUUUAUUUAAUUAUAGGUGCAGAUUUUUCUUUCUAGACCAAGUAAAUUAGGAUAGGUGACUUCCUGUUCCAGGCAAGUGAUCGUCACUGUCGUUUUCUUUUAUCUAAUUAUUCAUAAAUAUCUUUUUAUUUCUGACGAAUAUAAAUUAUAUAGAUAGUAGAUUUAUUUCUGUCGGUCGUCAAAGAUGGUGACGUGUAAUUUCGAACGACGAAUACCUAGUAUUAAUAGGAGAGAUGAAAAAAAAGAGAAGAAAUUAGUCAGCGACUGAUCGUUCCUUCGCUCUUUACCUCAACACAUACUUGUAACUUUUUUGACAAUACUAUACGUAGGCUAUAGACGAUAUUCUUAUAAUUUAUAAACGCGUAUCCAUUGUGUAAUAUUUUCUUUUUAUUUUGAGAGACGAAAUAGAUUAUUCGAGACCUUUCAAUA